AUGUCCACAGCCAUAAUCCUUUCUCAAAACCAUCUGGAUGUCUAUUUGAAUGUCAAAGGACACGAUUUGAUGGUUGAGUUGUUGUCGGCCACUGGAAGUACUCAAAUGGCUUGUGUUCGGAGCAAGUGUGGAGAUGAGGAUGUUAUCAGUAUUGUGACUGAUGUUCAUGACUCUUCUCCAAUUCAUGGCCCACCUGGCACCAAAUGUUCUCCGGAUAGAAGAGUAUAUAAACGAUAUGGAUUAGGGCUUUGUUCUCGACAAAAUGAGUUCGAUUUUAUAUGGGAGUCAAUUCAAAAGGGAAAGGAAAAGUUUGGAAUAACUGAGGGUCCUCCACUUCUUUCACCCUCCCAAAUUGACGGUUAA